GAGUUCAUGAAUGUUGAUGAUUGUUGAAACGUGAACACAUGUUAACAAAAAACCACACCGGCAUAGCAAUAUACAAUUCAUAGACAGCCAACAUGAGAGAUACGCCGUUAUCAAACUGCGAGCGGGACUUUUUACUCAAAGCUAUUCAAGAAAAAAAGCGCUUGGAUGGGAGACAGACCUAUGACUACAGGAGCAUCAAGAUCUCGUUCGGGACAGAUUAUGGAUGCUGCUUUGUUGACCUGGGGAAGACGAGGAUCAUGGCCCAGGUGUCCUGUGAGCUCAUUACCCCGAAAGAGAACCGACCGAAUGAAGGACUCAUUUUCUUCAACAUUGAGCUGUCUCCCAUGGCUUCUCCAGCAUUUGAGAUGGGCAGGCAGUCAGAGCUGUUGGUGAAGCUGAACAGACAGCUGGAGAGAUGCCUCAGGAACUCCAAGUGUAUAGACACAGAGUCUCUGUGUGUAGUGUCUGGAGAGAAGGUGUGGCAGAUUAGGGUGGACGUCCACUUGCUGAACCACGAUGGUAACCUAAUGGACGCUGCCAGCAUUGCUGCCAUCGCGGCCCUCUGUCACUUCAGACGGCCCGAUGUGGGCAUCCAGGGAGAGGAAGUCACUGUGUACAGUACAGAGGAGAGAGACCCCAUUCCCCUCAGCAUCUACCACAUGCCCAUCUGUGUCAGUUUCUCCUUCUUCCAACAAGGGACCUACCUGUUGGUUGACCCGUGUGAGCGUGAGGAGCGUGUGAUGGACGGCCUGCUGAUGAUAGCCAUGAACAAACACAGAGAGAUCUGCUCCAUCCAGUCUAGUGGAGGCAUCAUGCUGCUCAAAGACCAGGUCCUCAGGUGCAGUAAGAUUGCUAGUGUCAAAGUGUCAGAGAUCACAGAGCUAAUCAACAAAGCCUUGGAGAACGACAAGAAAGCCAGAAAAACUGGGGGUAAGUUUGGCUUCGCAGAGUCGUUGCCCCAGGAGCGAAUCACAGCGCUGAAAACAGACGUGUCACAUGUGGAAAUGAGUGACGUCAAGGAGAAGGCCAAUGAGAUCGUCCAGAGAGCUGAGGUCCCACCCCAAACCGUUCCCUCUCCAGUGUUAACUGCCCCAGGUACAGGCCAGGUGGGGGAGGGGCUAGAGAACUCCUGGGGUCUGAAGGAAGAGGAGGAGGAGGAGGAGGAAGAUGAGACGGUGGAGUUGAAGAUGGAGUUGGAAGAGGGACAUGAGGAGAAGGGGAGAGGUGACGUGGUGGUCAUCUCAGACAGUGACAGCGAGGAGGAGGAUGUUGUCAUCUUGAACCAGGUAACAACAAAGGAGAAGGCCUCCAGCUCUAACCAACAGGGGGCAGUAGCCUCCAAGCAGCAGCAGAAGAAGAAGGGGCAGUAGCCUCCAAGCAGCAGCAGAAGAAGAAGAAGGGGCAGUAGCCUCCAAGCAGCAGCAGAAGAAGAAGGGGCAGUAGCCUCCAAGCAGCAGCAGAAGAAGAAGGGGCAGUAGCCUCCAAGCAGAAGAAGAAGAAGAAGAAGAGGUAGUGAAAUAUGUUUGUUUUUUCCUUCAGCGGAUUGAACAUAAAUACAAAUAAAUAGUAGACUGGAAAUUGACCACAAGAAGCCACAAAAUAUAUGACUAAAACAAUAAUUUCAAACCCUGCUUACAUUUGUAUACAAACAGUUGUCUCUCUGUUAUGUGUGAGAGAACUUGGGAACAGAUUUCCUAAAUUAAAAUAAUUUCUAAGAUG